AUGAAGGCGACGCGGAGCAAGCAAAAGUCUUAUGCAUAUAAAAGGAGGAGACCAUUGGAGUUUGAAGUUGAAGAUCAUGUGUUUAUGCGAGUGACACCAAUGACAGGAGUUAGGAGAACAAUCAAGUUGAGGAAGUUGUCUCUGAAAUUUCUUGGACCAUAUCAAGUACUUAGGAGGAUUGGUUCAGUAACAUAUGAGAUAACACUACCACCUUUGUUGGGGAACUUGCAUAACGUCUUUCAUGUAUCUCAAUUGAGGAAGUAUGUCCCAAAUCCUGGUUAUGUGUUGGAGGUUGAUGACAUUCAAGUUAAGGAGGACUUAACCAUAUAUGUUGGACCGAUAUGA